AUGGUGAUGCGGCGGAAGUCGGUGCACUAUGGUGAUUUGGAUCUGAACAAAGUAAUCGGCACCCUAGUACAGGUAAAGCCGUGGCAAAAAGGUGUGGACGUAUCAGAGAACGAAAUUAGAAUGAUAUGCAUGCUAGCUAGACAGAUUUUUCUGCAUCAGCCAAUGUUGCUCGAGUUGGAGCCUCCGUUGAAGAUUGCAGGUGACAUUCAUGGGCAGUACAACGAUCUGCUACGUCUGUUCACUCUAGCCGGUUUUCCUCCCGAGUCUAACUACCUCUUUCUUGGUGAUUAUGUCGACAGGGGACCAAAGAGUAUCGAGGUGAUUCAUUUUUAA